AUGGUCUUCCGCAUCCCCACUCAGUUCGACUCCUUCGUCGCCUCUCCUUCGCAUCCAGGGCAGCCUGCGGCUCUUCAGCGGAGCCCACAGCGCCCAUGGAGAGGUAGACUCAUCGUUACUGGACUGCGCAAUUCCAAUAGAAGCGCGACAGAUUAUAUCCAGGUCUCCGCAGUCGAGACCGAUGGGGACAACAGAGUCGAGUUAUGGCCACGCGAUUUCGUUGUGCAGCGCCUUCCCAACCGCCCCAUCCUUCGUCAAAUGAUCCAAUAUGUUCAGCAAUACGCCCAACCUACGUGCAACUUCCUGCCCGAACGACUCAAUCCCGACUUCCAUGAAGCCAAUCGUGCCAAUUUUAGAACGCUAUCCAGACAAAUGAAUGAGAAUCACGAGGUUGCCAUCGCGUACUGGGGCCACACCAGCGAGCUCAGCCAAACCGGCGCUGGGAUAGUCAUCUAUCCAGCGAGCAACUCUGGCGCAUACUUGAUUGGCGCCAUCUUCCACUCCACCGACUUCCCCGAUUUUAUUAGACACGCCGCCAGCCAACCGCCGCCGCCAUUGUCGAUCCCUGCUUCCGUUCCUUACCAGUCUCAGGCCAUGGGCCUUCCGUCGUCGUCCUACAAUACCCACCCUUCGCAUCAUCGUCAACCACAUACUGGCUCUCCUCACCAAUCGCACCCCAGCAGCCCUACAGAACAACCAGGCUCUGCAGGGUCUUAUCGCCCUAUCGUGUCUCGAACGCCUAUACCCCACGGCAACCCAUACCCUAAUAUGCCGUCAGCGUCCGGCUCGUCGCCAACUGGCACCCCGCCCCAGGCAGUUAUUCAACGUUUCAACCCCAGAAUCCUCCCUUUCCUUGAAUAUUCCGCGAUAAUUCCGGCUUUAUCGGUCACCAUUCAUUAA